GGGGCGUGGUCUGGACUGUUGGUGCUCCAGUUUGCGCUAACCAGGGUUCUGGCAGAAACACUGUCGAUGCCAUCAGAUGCUGACACCUUUGACAGGCAUCUGAUGUACGAAACGCUGUCGCACUUUUUACUGUUUGGGUUCUUGCUGGGUUGGUUCAUCAACAUCACCGACCACGACCGAUUCAUUUGGCUCUUCAGUUGGAGACGGUGGUACUUCUUUGUUGUUUACUUUGGGACCAGCCCUGUGUACUCAUAUGUGAGUGACUACGGCUGCAUGGAGCACAGCAUGGAGGACAUCGCCAACUGGGGCCCUGGCAUGUGGGCUGCAGUAGGAUCGUGUACGACACUACCCACCCAGAUUAACAAAAUCAGGAGCUUGAACAUCCUUGGAAUGAAUGCUGUGAUGUGUGCAGAAUGCUGCUGCACAGAGAAUGUAUCCGGUAACUGUUCAGUUCUGAUCAGCAUUUGCGAUCAUAGUAGGCAGCACAUUGCACACAGGUGA